AUGAUUUUGCAACGGGCGCUGCUGAAACAGGUCUUAACCGUAGGAGCUAUCGCGCUGUCUUAUCUACAAGGAGCCAGCUGUGUGCCAGAGAAUAAGAGCAUCAUUCUAAACAAUCUCUGCGGGUACUGGCACGACAACAUAUAUUUUAUAGAAAAACAAGUUCAAUCUUGCAGCGAUUUCCUCAACAGAGCCAGAUCUAUAGAGAACGAAGAAAAAGGCCAUGAUAAUGCUCUAAAGAUAGGAGUGGACACGCUGUCUAAAAUAACAGAAGAGUUGGCAUCCCUCAACAGAAUCUGGAAAGAAAUAAGAAUCUCGCUGGGCUUAUUGGGAGAGGAAAGCGUAUAUACCAGAAUAAAGAAGUAUAUUUCCAGUAACGUAGUAAAAUGCAUUUCCAAAGGCAAAGCAAAAAAAAAUCUUACCUUAGAAAGUCUAUCAUUGAAGAUGCUCAACACUAGCACCUCAGUCAUUGAGAAAAUACACACGUUCAACUCGCACAUGCUCGAUUUUAUAGCGGACUAUUGCGAAAAGAAGUACGAAGGCGGCAGCGAGAUACACGAUCUAGUGAUAUUCAAACUCGCAAAGAGAAAUAAGAUGUUUGCUGCCAACAUUGUGUUCGCUUUCUUUGAACUCGAGCUGUCCUUAUCUGAUGAUGAAAUCGACAAAAAAGAGCUGAGACACAUAGUUAAUUGCCUGGACAAUUCUAUUUCUAAAAAGAGCAUAUCUGAUUACGCAGUUGCAGUGAUGAAAGACCUCCAAAAAAAAAAAGUAAACAUGCUAGUAUCAGCAGAUACGCACUUUAAAUACAAGUUCCAUGGGUAUGGGCUGAACCUGUUCGCAAGCGAGGACGUGAUAGACAUGUAUUUAUGUCUGAUAGAGAAGGAUCUUUCUGAAACAGAGAUAAGCAGAUUCAAAGACAUUCUGCCUAAACAGAUCAUAAGGCUGGUAGUGAUCGAGUAUGCAAUGGAUGGCCAUCUGCUGAACUACAAGAAAAACCACUUAUUUUCCAACUUAGAGAAAAUCAUAGUAAGUUUGGAAGAAAGUGAGCAAAACAAAAUACUUAAUGGCCUGAGCAUGCUGUGGGAAGACUGGUACUGCGACUCAAGGAAAAUUGACUUGUCUUUUGAAGACUUCUGCAAAGAGAGCUACCUCAAAAUUGACUUCUUCAAAAGUCUGCAGUUCAGCUUCAUGUAUUCGAAAUGGAUGUAUGACUUGGAUAUGCCCAUACCAGAACCUGAGAAUCCAUCAGCACGAAACGAACUGGCAAAAGAAAUACACUUCGAUCUGUCCUAUCUGCAUCCCAUGUGGUACAUGUGCAAGCGCUAUGAAAGAAUCAGCUAUCUAGACAGCCCAGACGCAGAGUCUACUGAUAGUCCCUUUAUGGAAAGAACAGGGAAUUUAAUUCUAAUCAGACCGUACAAAAUAAGUAGAAAAGAUGACAACUUAGCACGAGAGAGGAACAUGAGAGAUUUUAUGAACACAUCUUUCCUCUCCUUAUCAGACAAAAUUGAAAUUGUUUGCAGGCACCAAGACGCCAAGCACUCUUGCUUGAUAAGCGACCAGUUCUUCGAGUUUUUUGAAAUAAGACUUCAGAGAAGACGAGGCUACAUUUCUCCGAAUGUUUAA